AGUAGUAUGCGAGUGCACACUCCAAGUCGCGCGUUGAGGACAAAUCAGAUAGCGGUAACAUCGGACCAUUUCCUACCACUAGACUCUACUUAUUACAGGCUGUUGAGCGCGUGAUGAUUUUGUCUCUGAAUCAUAAUGUUGAAAUACGACACUGUUUUUUUUAGUUACUUCUAGUUAGUAACAAAACAUUGAUUUGACUUUGGCUGAUGUGUUUUGCGGCCUUCGAAGUGCGGAAGUUGCUGCAAAACAUCAAACUUGUUAAGGUGAACCAGAUUAGAGUUUUAGAGCAGGAAAGGUGAGUGGAAGGAAAUAUGUUCGAGACAGAAGGCUAUUUCUUCAUUUUCCUGGACGUCAUCUGCGUUGUCCUUGCUGGACUUCCAUUCGCAAUAUUAAACUUGCAGCACAACCCGUUCAAAAGAGGAUUUUUUUGCAGUGAUGACACCAUCAAGUACCCGUACAAAGAAGAUACUAUAUCCUAUCAGCUGCUAAUGGGAAUAAUGAUUCCAUUCACAUUAUUUGUAAUCAUUGGUGGAGAGUGUAUUUGCAUAUAUCUGAGAUCCAGAUCAUCUAAUCAUCCAAUCAAUGACUAUGUAGCCUGCAUCUACAAAGCUGUCGGGUCUUUUAUUUUUGGAGCGGCGAUAAGCCAGUCCUUGACCGACAUUGCAAAAUACACCAUUGGUCGGCUGAGGCCACAUUUCCUGACCAUAUGCAAGCCGAACUGGAGCCUUGUUGAUUGUAAACUAGGUUACAUUGAGAACUUCUCAUGCACAGGAGACAAGACAUUGGUCAAUGAAGGCAGGCUUUCAUUUUUUUCUGGACAUUCUUCUUUCUCCAUGUAUUGCAUGCUGUUCCUUGCACUGUACCUCCAAGGGAGAAUGAAGGCAGAAUGUGCUCGGAUGCUAAGGCCAACUAUCCAGUUCUUCUUAAUUUCAGCAUCUGUGUAUGUCGGCCUUUCACGAGUCUCAGACUACAAGCAUCACUGGAGUGACGUUCUCACUGGAUUUAUACAGGGAUCUAUUGUGGCGAUAUUUAUAGUAUUCUGCGUGUCUGAUUUUUUUAAAGCCCAGCCCAAGGGAGACAAAGAAGAAAUUUCACACACCACCCUGCAGGAGACCACAAAUGAUAUGAACCACUAUGGAAGCUCUGAGUGAGAUGGAAGACUAAAUUGCAUGAAACGAUCAGACCGGACAUGUGACAGAUAAAUAGCUGUUUCCGAAACCUCAAGUAUACUUGCAUAUGUCAAUAGUUCACUGACUGAACCUGCUGUAGGUUUUAAAUUGCUAAGCAGCCACAACUUAAUGUGGAUUCUUCUGCAUUUGCUUUAGUCUUUAACCAUAAAAUGCACUGUCUCAUUGAAUAUACAUUUAAAAUUUAAGGUUAUGUAUAUAGACUAUAUCAGGGGUGGCCAACCAGUCAGAGACCGAGAGCCACAUUUUUUACUGUGUUACCGCAAAGAGCCACAUAAUACACAUGGGCACACAUGAACAUCACCCAUCCUUUCCUCUUACACACACACA